AUGUGUCUUUGGGAUGGUCCGGAGCUUGAACGACCAUGGGAUGGUCCGCAGCUUGAACGACCAUGGGAUGGUCCGGAGCUUGAACGACCAUGGGAUGGUCCGGAGCUUGAACGACCAUGGGAUGGUCCGGAGCUUGAACGACCAUGGGAUGGUCCGCAGCUUGAACGACCAUGGGAUGGUCCGGAGCUUGAACGACCAUGGGAUGGUCCGCAGCUUGAACGACCAUGGGAUGGUCCGCAGCUUGAACGACCAUGGGAUGGUCCGCAGCUUGAACGACCAUGGGAUGGUCCGCAGCUUGAACGACCAUGGGAUGGUCCGCAGCUUGAACGACCAUGGGAUGGUCCGCAGCUUGAACGACCAUGGGAUGGUCCGGAGCUUGAACGACCAUGGGAUGGUCCGCAGCUUGAACGACCAUGGGAUGGUCCGGAGCUUGAACGACCAUGGGAUGGUCCGCAGCUUGAACGACCAUGGGAUGGUCCGCAGCUUGAACGACCAUGGGAUGGUCCGGAGCUUGAACGACCAUGGGAUGGUCCGGAGCUUGAACGACCAUGGGAUGGUCCGGAGCUUGAACGACCAUGGGAUGGUCCGGAGCUUGAACGACCAUGGGAUGGUCCGGAGCUUGAACGACCAUGGGAUGGUCCGGAGCUUGAACGACCAUGGGAUGGUCCGGAGCUUGAACGACCAUGGGAUGGUCCGCAGCUUGAACGACCAUGGGAUGGUCCGCAGCUUGAACGACCAUGGGAUGGUCCGGAGCUUGAACGACCAUGGGAUGGUCCGGAGCUUGAACGACCAUGGGAUGGUCCGCAGCUUGAACGACCAUGGGAUGGUCCGCAGCUUGAACGACCAUGGGAUGGUCCGCAGCUUGAACGACCAUGGGAUGGUCCGGAGCUUGAACGACCAUGGGAUGGUCCGGAGCUUGAACGACCAUUACCUGAGGAAGCGUCGUUACUCCGCCUGGGAUGA